AUGUCUGCUGGGUCCCUGGGUGCCAACGCAGUUUCUCGCGGCGCGACAACCUCAAUGCCCACUAUAAAACGCACGGCAAACGUGGGGGCCGCAAUCGUCGAGUUCCGUGCUACUGCACCGAAAUAG